AUGAAACCUCCCAAAUCGUUUCUGUCUCUACAGGAAAAAAUUCAGGCCUAUUUGAAGACUCUGAGUGAAGAGAGAGAAAAACUGCUGGGAUUUAAAGUGACUGGAGAGGAUAAAAUCCAGGAGUAUCUGAAACAGAUAGAAAAGGAGAGGCAGAAAAUUGUGUCUGAAUUUCAGCAACUGCUGCAGUUCCUGGAGGAACAAGAGCGACUCCUGCUGGCCCAGCUGGAAAAGCUGGACAAGGAGAUUGUGAAGAUACAGAAUGAAAAUAUAACCAAACUCUCUGAGGAGAUUUCCCGUCUCAGUGAGCUGAUCAGUGAGAUGGAGGGGAAGUAUCAGAAGCCAGCGAGAGAAUUCCUGCAGGAUUUCAGAAGCACGUUGAGCAGGUGUGAGAAGGGGAAGUUCCAGCAACCACUAGAGAUUACUCCUGAACUGGAAAAGAGACUCAGUGAUUACUCCCAGAAAACUAUGGCUCUAAUGGAGACUCUGAGGAAGUUCAAAGCCACUCUGCCAUCUCCACUGGAGACAAAAAGAGGGGAAUCCCUGGGAUCAUGCGGACUGGUGAAUGUGACUCUGGAUCCAGACACAGCUCAUCCUGAACUCGUCCUGUCGGAGGAUCAGAAAAGUGUGAGAUGGGGACACACACGGCAGGAUCUGCCCAACAAUCCUGAGAGAUUUGACUCUGAGCUCUGUCUGCUGGGAUGUGAGGGAUUCACCUCGGGGAGACAUUGCUGGGAGGUGGAGGUGAAAGUGCAGGGUGGGGGACACUGGGCUGUGGGGGUGGCCAGAGAGUCUGUGAGGAGGAAGGGAUGGAUCCAUCUUAACCCUAAGGAAGGGAUCUGGGCUGUAGAGUGGUGUUGGGGUCAGUACCAGGCUCUCACAUCCCCUGUGACCCCCCUGCCCAUGCGCCGGGGCCCCAGCAGGAUCCAGGUUUGUCUGGACUGUGAACGGGGGCAGGUUACAUUUUUCAAUGCUGGUGAUGAGGCCCUGAUCUUCACUUUCCUGCUGGCCUCUGUCCCUGGGGAGAGAACCCACCCCUGGCUGUGGGUGGGGGGAUCCCAGCUCAGACUGUGUCCCUGA